CCUCCUCAGAUGAGCCCAGCAGCUGGUCCGAGUACCAUGUCUGCCUACAGCACCGAGGUCCAGCUGGCCACCAGCCUGCUGUGCAGCAACAGCGGAGCCAUGCAGGUGCUGCAGCUGCACCAGAAGCUGCUGCAGCGCUGCAGCAUCACCGAGGAAGAGUUCUGCUUCAUCAUCAGCCGGUGCUCCCGCUUCCUGCUGGUAGGGGAGCGGCUGGAGGACCGCGCGGUGGUCGCCAGGACGUCCCUGCGGCUGUGCAGCGGCUACGGCGGGGGGAAGUACGGCGGGGGGAAGUGCGGCGGGGGGGGCUGCCAGCAGCUGCACCUCUGCAAGUUCUUUGUCUACGGGAACUGCAGGUUCGCCGAGGGCAGGAAGUCGUGUAAAUUCUCCCACGACAUUUACUCUGAUCACAACUACGGAUUACUGAGAGAGUGCACGCUGCACGAGCUCAACGAAGACCAGCUGUUCCUGCUGCUGCUGCAGAACGACCCUGCUCUCCUGCCAGAGGUGUGUCAGCACUAUAACAAAGGCUCCGGUCCUCACGGCGGCUGCACCUUCCAGGAGAACUGCACCAAAGUUCACUUGUGUCAGCACUUUGUUCAGGGCGACUGCAUGUUCGGACUUAAGUGUAACCGGCAGCACGCCAUCGAGCAACAUAGCCGCCGCUUGCUUCUGAAGAAAGGACUGAGAGAGGACAUCAUCCAGGAGCUGCCCUUCAUCUACAGGAACAUCCACCAGCUGACGGCUGCUGCCGCCUCCACAGAGAAAGAUUCUUUUUGUAAACCUGCCGAUCAGAGCGACAACAGCAACGAUAUCUGUCUGCACUUCAUCAGAAACAGCUGCAAGUUCCACAAUGAGUGCCGCCGUGUUCACUUCUGCCUGCCCUACAAGUGGGAGGUGUUUGAUGGUGUCACCUGGACAGACCUGCAGAACAUGGAGGACAUUGAGAAAGAUUUCUGUGACCCCUCUAAGACAAAGAGCUGUGGCGAUCGGCCCGUUGACUUCCUGACCAUGAGUCAGGCGUCGCACCCCGUUCGCCGCCUCUCCACGGUUUCCUCAGUUACGAAGCCGCCCCAUUACAUCCUGACCACUCAGUGGCUGUGGUACUACAAGGGGGACCACGGGAACUGGGUGGAGUACGGACAGCCGGAUGAAAAGCAGCGCACCACAUCAGUGACAUCGCAGACUCUGGAGGAAUCGUACCUGUCUGACAGAACAGCUGAGGUCGAAGUUGUGAAAGGCCAUAGACAGUACUUCAUCAGCUUCAAAGACAUGUACCAGAGGAACCCCAAACACAACACCAAGAGGAGAGUUCAUCGUCGCCCACGCUUCGUGUCUGUAGCCGAGGUGCAGAACCAGGCCGCUCAGCAGAGAAACCUUGAACUGAUGUGGCCCUGGUCUGAACAGUCUGGAUCUGAUUGAGUGCCUUACCUUGGUAUACCUGGGAUUAUUUCUGUGUCAGAAUCAGCUUUAUUUCCAUGUGGUUUAAACAAACGAGGAACUUGCUUUGGUGUUUGGCAGCAGUUAGAAAAAUGUUAGAAAGGUAACCUUCGGUUCCCUCCGCCGACUUCCCUCCUUCACUGUGAAAACAGACGACUCUGUUACUGUAGACAGCGGCGUGUCAGUCAAUCCACCACUUUGGUUCAGACCAAAAUAUCUAAACUAAACUAUUGACUGGAUGGAAUAUUAUGAUAUGUGGUUCGGACGUUCAUGGUCCUCAGAGGAUGAAUCCUAAUCACAUGACUGUAUCUGGUGCAACCGACACCAACAAGAUACUCAAACCAAUUUCCAGAUUCUCGCUGUGCUAACAUUAGCAUCUUGUCUUAGCUAAAUUUGGCUAGCUUUAAUGGUCACAUGCAACAUAACAUGCUAAAACAUACUAGCAUAAUAACAUGCUAACUGCUUUUGUUUAUCUUUAGAGGACAGUGCACUCGAAUGUAAAUGUGCUGCAGGUAACAGCUAAUGUGCACUCAAGUCCCGACACAGCUAAAACAUUAAAGGCCCCGUGAGAGCCCGUAUAAAAGAAAUGGACGUAACCACCGUUUUGAAGCCUCUAGUUCGGCAUUUUGGCAGUCGCCAUCUUGUUUUCGUGGAACCAGACAUGACCAUAUUUGGACAAGAGGGUGGAGCUAGCUAGCUUGGUUAGCUAGGUGCAUCUGCAAUUCAUGUUAAUUGUGAUAUUAGCUGGGAUGCUAAUUUUGGCUAGUGACAACCAGGCUUAAAACAAAACGUACUUCCUGGAAAAAUGACCAACGAUGAUGAAACUAGCGACUGAGAACAUAAACUCAUUAGGAAAGUGUUACCGAGGUAAUUAAUCAGCUGAGAAGUAGAAACAUUUUUUCAUAGACUUCUAUACAGCCGCCCCCUGCUGGCUGAUGGAGAGAAUGCAGGUUUAACUUACUUCAGCACUGGCUUCACUUUUUUAAACUCAGAGGUUCAUGCUUGCAAAAAAUGGUACUGUAACUCCACAUCUGUUAACCGUAAUGCAAACAUUAGCUAAUGUUAACAUGCUAAUGCUGCUAGCUAUUGUUUACAUACCUGUCGAGUCAGGUUUGUUCCGAGGCCGGACAUUGAGUUAUUAGCGUUGAGUCUGAAGGAGGUUAAACCUGCCAUUAAAAACAGACACGUUUAAAGAUGUUACUGUUUGCUUUUUAAAUGUGUGUAUUUAGUGGUUUAAGGACUGUUUUUCAUUCUGUGGGUGCGAUAAAGACUUUUCAUGUUGAUGUUUAUGUUCAUGACUAAGUUAGUUUAUGUUGAGGAUUUCUUUAUGUUGAGGAUUUCUUUAUGUGGACUAACGCAGCAACAUUAAAUAACCAACCAUGACAAGCAGCACAUUCAGUCGGUCUCUUUGAGCGGUGGAUGUCUCUUACAUGUUUUUCAACAGCAGAAAUAUUUGUAUUGGAUCUGUCGCUCUCUUUGCAUCUGAAUAAACUUUCUGAGUAAGA